AUGGCGAGUAAGCCACAAUUAACAUUUGCACGGAUUGUAUCCGGAACCACUGAUAUGAAUGACGAAGCCAGAAAUGUGCCUAUAAAUGCUACAUUAGUAGAAACAAGUGCAGCUACUAGCGGAGCUACUGUUACUGCUAUUGCUACGCCAACAACAACGAUUUCUGCAAACACUGUUACUACAGAUAGGAAAAUUGUUAUUGCAAGGUCAGGUAAUCAUACAAACACAGUUUCUGGAGGAUCCUCAUACCGUACGACAUCUAAUGUUUUAAACUCUGGUAAUAAAAGUGAUAGCUCACAUCAACGGUGUUCUGAAAAUCGGAAAUCAGAUUUUGACGGAAUUAGUUCUCAUGUUCAGCGUCAUGCACAAAUUGGCUCACAUAUUUCGAAUCAGCAUUAUCAAUCAAAGCGGAAUAAACCGCGUCACAAGAAUGAUCGGCCUCGUAAGGAUACUCAGGCUGGUAAGGAAGAAUCCGAAACACGUACUGAGGCACCACGAGAAGUAGUUUUGGGUCCCGCACCAAUUCCAGUUGUGAAUGCAUGGUUCAAGCAAACCAACAUACAGUCAAAGGAUCCCAAGGAAGAAAGUGGUGCUCCGAGUUCGGAUGUGUCUUCGUCAUCAGUAGAUAAAGUCAGUUUAAAGGAAGUUGCAGUAUAUUUAAAAAAUGUGGAAGCUGAUAAAGAUAUUAUUGUUAAGUCGCUGACGCAAGAAAUGUUAACAUCAUUGGACGAAAAUAUUUCGGAUGAAGUGGUUAAGUCUUCUAAUGUGGAUCACGCUGCAAGUCUGGGAGAUCAGCUUGAUGUUAAAUCUACUAAUGUGGAUGAUAAGGCAUGGCCAUCGUUAAAUGAAGCAAUAAAUGAAGAUCAGAAACAGGACGGUUCGGUAAGUAGUACGAGUGUUAAAGUAACUGCUAUUGGCAAUGAAAUGAAGGGUGUCGAAAGCGCUACUAGUAACAUAGAAACGGAAGUUAAACAAGAUAGGGACAAAGAAAAUGAAAGUAAUGGGAGUGUUGGAAAGAGUAAUAGAAGUGGUAAAACGUGGAAAAAACUAGACAUCGAUGUAGAUUAUGCUGGACGUGAAGGACCAGGAAGACGUGGAAACAAUGGACAAUAUAGCAGGAGCGAUUAUUUUUCGAAAUUCAGGAGAGGUCCGAGUGUUGCGAAACAGCAGACAGUCAGAGAGCAAAGCAACCCAUUGCAUGGGGUCAGCAGCAAUUUCAUUCCAUCGAAUGAUAAUGCUUCAAAGGUCACAGCAGUAGGAACACCUGCAUCUUUAAUGGGCUGUGCUCAACCGAUGCCUUACAUUGCACCAACAGCAUUUAUGUAUACUCCUGAAUGUGUUCCUGGCGAUGAAGAAAACGCUGAGGAAGACUAUUGGUAA